UGUUGAUUUGCUGGUGGGCGGGGUCUGACGGGCUGGCACCACAGAACCAGCGGAUCUGGUCUUCGUUAUGUUUUUUCAGCAUAUCGGGUGGAGUCCAUAUCCCGUCUCUUCGCAGCGACCAAGAAGGAGGAUUUAUCCUGUUUUUUAUUAUUAGUUUGACUCUUUUUUGCCGACGAGACAUUGAAAUUCUCCCCAAAGAUGACAACGACAACCACAUUCCAAGGGAUAGACCCUGGUUCUAAAAGCAGUUCCAGGGUACUACGGCCGCCAGGUGGGGACUCCAACUUCUCUCUUGGCGCAGAUGACAACACCAACCCCCAGCGCAAGAACAAAAUGGCCUCUAGCAUCUUUGCAGAACCCGACGACCCUCAUGCCCACCGGAGGAACAACCCACCAACAGUCGGCGGACCUGCAGGAACCCUGUGUGGGGAGCCGUCCGCCCCGCUGAGGAGGUGCCAGCAGCCUCUUCUCUUCCCCAAGAACCCUCAGCCUGAGCUGACCACCAUCCACAACUCUGGGGCGGCCAUGAUCUGGAACCAGAGACGAGAGGAUGAGAACGGGCAGGAGGAAGUGAUCGAUGAAUGUCCUGAUGGUGUGGAUGGGGAGCAGGAGGAGCAGAAGGAGUCGUCACAGUCCCCCGCCCCAUCGGGAGGUGCCAAUGCUGCUGCAGGCGGUCGGAGAAACCCUCCUGGUGGCAAGUCCAGCCUCAUCCUGGGCUGAGAAGAUCCCUUUAUUUUUUACUUUUUGAUCUUUUUUCCAUUCAGAUGCUUUUCUUUUUUCUUUUUCUUUUUUCUUUUUCUGAAGAUAACGCCCCCACCAGCACCGCCGCCACUCUCUUCCCCCGCAUCAACAUCUCCUCCUCAUGCUGUCACAUCCACGGACCUUCAUGUCUCACUCCACCCUCAAACCUUUUGUUUGAUCUUUUUUUUUAUUAAAAGAAGAAAAACUUUUGACAAAAGCACUUUAUGUAUCUCCCACCCCUGCUCCAUCUCCGCCCCUCCUGUAGUGCAUCGCGCCUGCUGGGAAAGGCAUGACAUUUAGCUUGGCCCUCGUUCUACCCCGUUGUAAAUGGUAAAACAAAAAAAUUAAUAUUAAAGGAUUUGAUGCGUGGAUUUCUAAAUACAAUAAAGAUUCAUAUGAA